CGGCGGGAAGGCCGAGCGGUGGACAUGGCGUCGCUGCUGCCGCGCAUCGAGCGGCUGUCGUCGCGUGUGGUGCGGGUGCUGGGCUGUAACCCGGGGCCUAUGACUCUGCAGGGCACCAACACGUACCUGGUGGGCACCGGGCUCAGAAGAAUCCUUAUUGACACAGGCGAGCCAGCUAUUCCUGAAUACAUUGGCUGCUUGAAGCAGGCCCUGUCCGAGUUCAACAUCUCUAUUCAGGAGAUCUUAGUGACACACUGGCAUCGUGAUCAUACCGGUGGAAUACCUGAUAUCUGCACAAACAUCCCUAAUGACUCUGAAUAUCGCAUCUGUAAGCUUCCUCGUGUCCCUCACUGUGAAGAAAUAAUAGGAGAUGGAGGACAUAAAUAUUUAUAUCUUAAAGAUGGAGACGUGAUACAGACAGAGGGAGCCACACUCAGAGUUUUGUAUACACCUGGGCACACUGAUGAUCAUAUGUCUCUACAUCUAGAAGAGGAAAAUGCUAUAUUCUCUGGUGACUGUAUUUUAGGGGAAGGAACAACAGUAAUUGAAGACCUGUAUGAUUACAUGAAAAGUUUGAAAAUGUUAUUACAAAUGAAACCAGAUUUAAUAUAUCCAGGUCAUGGCCCAGUCGUCCGUGAUGCAAAUGCUAGAAUUCAAGGAUACAUUUCUCACCGAAAUGCACGUGAAGAGCAAAUUCUGAAUGUUUUCCAGAAGAACGCUGGAAAAUCAUAUACAUCUUCAGAGCUUGUAAAGAUAGUCUAUAAGGACAUUCCUGAAAAUUUACUUCUAGCAGCAGAAAACAACCUUAUAGUCCACCUGAAGAAGUUGGAAAAAGAAGGAAAAGUGUUACGUGAUGCAUCUCCCAGCUUCAGAUGGAGAAACAAUCUGUAACUUACACAAGAUUGCUCGAGAGCAUUUUCAGCCUGCACAGUUGCUGCAUGAAAAAAGAGAAUGAUGAGCUCAGACAAUAUGUGAAGUAAAAGUCUUUCAUUUGUUUUUUAGGUUCUAACAAUUUAAAAGUGAUGUUUAUUUUGCUUAAUUAAUUGGCAAUCGUAAAAACAAAUCUGUAGUAAAAAGAACAAAGAAGAUCUGAUAUUUAAGCUGCUUUCAUUGUGCAUUUCAAAAAGUGGCUUUCUGAUAACUUCUCUGUAAAUUCUAAGAACAACCAAUUUUUGCUAACAAGUGGCAACACUGUUUUUCAUAUUCUUUUCAUGUAAUGUAAUUCAUAUUCAUUUACAUGUAAUGUAAAUGUCUGUGCACAUUUUAGCUGGCAGCUCACUGCAGUAUGUUUUAACAAAUGCUGAGAGUACUUCCAGAUAUAUCUGUUUUCUUAUGGAAACACCAUUUCUGUGAAAUUUAAAGGAUCAUUAAUUUCACCUAAUUAAUGUCAAAACACGCACAGCAUUAGGGCAGGCUUUAAUUCUAUAUCUUCUAAGUUUCUGCAAGAAUGUGGUUUAAAAGCUACUUAAAUUGAGAUAUAUUUGUAAACUGUAUAAGGUUAUGUUUUUCUAUCACUUUCUAACAAGCUUGGAAUUGUGUUACUAACACCAUUUAAAGAGCGAAUGUUUUAACUAAAGGUUGUAUUUGAUUGUAAGAUACUGUAUAGUGUAGUAAAAUACAUUUGAAGAUGAAUUUAAACUUCAGUUUUCUGUGUAGCUUCCAGAGUAAUAUAUAAAUAUUUGUAUUAUAUUGUGCAGUUAACAUACGUUUUUGAUUGAUUCACUUUUUUAACGUUGGUCCAACCUUAAAGAAGUCACAUAUGAGAUGUUUAAAGGUACUAAAGACAAAUAUAUGUUGUUAAAAAUCCUUGAGAACCUUU